UCUAAAUAACAGGGAGUUUAAAGUCCCCAACAUGACAACCAGCGGUUUGUGACGGGAUUAACACAACAUGCACAACAAACACCCUCAGGCAGCAGCACAACCAGGAGCUAUGGACUUCAGCGGCACCUGGAAAGUUUAUUCUGAGGAAAAUCUGGAGGAGUUCCUGAAGAUAGUUGGUACAGAUGUUUUCUCAUAUUUGAAGGAUUGAUUAAUUGAUGUACCGUGUGCAGACUUGUUUAUUUGUUAUCUCUGUGUUUCAGGUGCACCUCAGAUGGUCGUGAAAAUGCGUAAGGAGGUCAAACCGGUGAUAGUGAUCGAGCAGAAAGGCAAAGAUUUCACCUUCACAAUGAAAACUCCCGUCUGCACCAAAGUUCACUCGUUCAGCCUCGGACAGGAGUCAGAGAUGGAGUCUUUGGACGGCAGGAAGUUCAAGUGCACCAUCAGAGAGGAGAAGGGGAAGCUGAUCACUGAGACUGCUAAAUUCACGUCUGUCCGAGAGAUCCAGGGAGAGGACAUGGUCGAGACGGUCACUUCUGGAUCAGUGACUUUCAUCAGCAGAAGCAGACGAGUUUGAUUGGCAGCUGUCGGCUCAUCCAUCGACCUCGGACCCUCUCAGCCUCCAGCCAGGGGCCCUCUAGAAAUUAUGA